AUGUACAGCGACAAUGUAGUCAGUGUGCAGUUGGGUGACAUAAUAACUGGCCCUAUUCGUGUAAAUAAGGGUCUGAGGCAGGGCUGCCCACUGUCGCCAUUGCUGUACAUCAUGUACGCAUCCAGACUAGAGUGGGCCUUGCUGAACUCAAACCUUGGAUUCAGCAUGCGUUUCAGCACAACUAGUGCCAGCGAGAAUCACCACCUGCCUGGUUUGGCUUUUGCGGACGAUCUCGUUUUUAUGGCAGAGAGUCACCAGGAGCUGCAAUCCCUCCUCGACAUCUGCCAGACAGAAAUCGUGAGUCUUGGACUCCGAUUCAACAUAAAGAAAUCAGCGGUUGUCCGACUAGCUGGAGGGAGCACCAAUGCAGCGGCGUUGACCUUGGAAGGAGAACCACUGGCCGCACGCAACGAGUACAGGUACCUUGGAGUCACCCUGUGUGUGGAUGCAGCGAAGUACAGUCUGCACGAGACCAAGAUUCGACAGGCUGCGCUGCAGGCUCAACGAAUCCUCUGUCGUCGAUGCCUCUGGGGUUGCAACCGCUUCCAAAUGAUCCGCGACCUAUGGAAAAUGGUUCACGUGCCGGGCCUGACGUUUGCGAACGCGGUUGUGUGCAUAUCGCCAACGACACGUGAGUGGUUGGAGCGUCAACAACGAGAGGUUGGUCGUGCGGCGCUCGGUGGCCAUGGUCGAGUUGCCAACGAGGCGGUACAGGGGGACGUCGGAUGGUCCAGCUUUGAAGCUCGGGAAGACGCCAGAAAGAUUGUCUACCGGGGUCGUCUCAUGCUCAUGCGGCGCAUUCGGUGGGUGCGCCGCGUGUUCGAGUAUCUUUCGGCGACAUGCAUGAGGACUGACUGA